AUAUGGUAUCAUUGAAGUCUUGUAGCUCUGAAGUGUACCACUAUCCUACUACGUAUAUACCCUCUCUGUAAACAGUCUCCGCAGCUGAUACAGUGGGUCACGAUAUCAAUAUCCGUAGAUCGUGUGAAUCCUGAAAAGGGAUAGAGUUUUUAAAUUACGUGGAAACCCCCAACAAACAUAUGGUGAAGACCUUGACCUUAAAACAGGAGGUGGUAAUGGCCAGACAUCGGUGAACACUAUCACUGGUGGUGAACUUGACUUACCAAUGGAGAUAGUGAGUCGAUAUUCGAGUGAGAAUUUAGAGGCCCUCGUCAGUAAACCUCACAAAAAGACUCUCAGGGAGAAAAUAUGGGGUUCAAGACAUGAAGAAUCUCCAGUAAAUUCAUCCAAGUCUGUGUUUUAUGUUGACGAAGCACCAGUCAUGGUAACCACGGCAACAGAAGAAGACAACAAUGAAACAACCGCGGGACAAGAGAAGAAAAAGAAGCAUCAACCUGAGGGCACCGUGGAAUAUACGGUUCAAGAUCGUGACACGCUUGAGAAAAUAGCGGCACAUUUUGACACCACACCGUCAGAGCUGAAAAAACUCAAUAAACUCAUAUCUGCUAUGAUAUUUGCUGGACAAGUUCUUUAUAUACCAGAUAAAGAAUAUGUUCCUAGAAAAUCCACGUCAUCUGUGUCUUCAGAAGAUUCCAGCUCUCAACACCAGGGGGAUUCUGUGUUUGGUAGUCCCCAGGACAAACCUAAGAUGGAUGUACCUCUAGUCCGAUCUGGCAACAACUCCCCGUCGAAGGUACCGGGACAUGUCGAGCGACAGCCAGCUUCACCGACUGCCUUCGACUUUGAAGUCGUAGCCCCGCACAAACUGUCCGAGGACGAAGUACAACAGUUAGACCAGGACUGUAUGGAGAGAUUUAUAAAACUCAAAGUGAAACAUAUAACAGAUGGGCAGAUGUAUAAGACUGACCCAAAGCAGGGUGUUGUCAAAGGUACCUUGCUUGUGACCCCUAAUGCUGUAAUGUUUGAUCCUGACGUGUCCGACCCCUUGGUUCUGGAACACGGUGCCGAGAAGUACGGUAUGAUUGCACCCAUGGAUAUGAUCAUUAGUGCAGCCAUGUAUCAUGAUAUUGCUGCCAUGAAAUUACGGGGAAAAAAACAGGAAGAUGGAACAAAUUAUCCUAGGCCAGAAGUAUAUCAUGACAAAGCAUGUCCAAUGGCUAAAGAGAAACUCUUAUCCUCACAAAAAACUGACCAAUCCAAACACAGUUCCACCUCCCUCUCAGAGAAUCUAAAAAACAUUCUGAGAAAUCCAUUAAACAAGUCUGAGAGUGUUUGUUCUUGUGGUAAAGGUGUAAAUAGUGACAAACUAGAUUCUGUCUCUGGUGAUGAAACUGAUGGUCUCAAUCUUCAUGAAGAGUUAAAUAAAGGUAGGCCCGACGAAGCUCAUUCCAAUGGCGAAUCUGGUGAUAAAUCUAUGAAUGACAAUGUGUUCAGUGAUGGUAAUAACGGUGAUACAGACACAAUUGAUAAUUCUGUAGAGGAGGUGGAUAGUAGUGGCAAUGGAACAAGAGUGAAAUCUAGUCCAAGACUUGAUUCCAGAGGGCAGAAAAAAUUAUCAGUUUCUUUUUCUCUGCCAGAGACUGACACAGUGUCCCCUGGAAAGGAGAAAAUUUCUCCAGGGUUAGAAACUUUACUGGACCUUGAAGAUACUGGUGUAACAAACACUGAUAAAGAUAAAGAGCUUGUUGAUAUUGGAAAUGAGCAAGAAAGUGCUAAGUCACAACCAAGUGAUAAAACUCAAUCUGAUGAUGAAUACUCUUCAAAUGGAGAUAAAGAAACAAGAAUAGGUAACAUUGUUUACCUUCCUGUUGAAGAGGACGCAAAUGGGGAGGUUACUGUGCAAUCAGUGGAGAAAACUGCAAACACAUUAUCAAAAUUAAGUGUUGAUGAAUUUUCCCAAAUUUCUAAGUCUGAUACAGACCUUGUUGAUAGUGGUUUAAGUAUAGAGAAUAAAGAAGUGGAGAAAACAAGGUCAUCUUCAACCAGUUCUUUAGGGCCAUUCAGCCCGACACCUCAUCUGAGUGCUUUUGUAAACUAUGCAACAGGUUUCUUCCAAAGACAUGCUUCAGAUAGUAGUAUCAAAGACAUUAAGGAUGUGAUAAUAGAUUCAUUACCAGACUUAAAAAUGCCCGAGUCAAUAAUAGAUUCUAAGGAUAGUAAAGAUGAAACAAAAUUUGACGUUCCAACAGUGUCAGCUGCUCCAACACCAGCAGGAAGGCGUGGUAAAAUGAGUCGUCAUGGAAACCUAGCACAACCAGCUGGUAACGUAGCUGUUGAAAAUGCAGUUACAAUGGAUGAAAAACCUGACCUUAUGACAAUGGAUUAUGACAAAUUUGCUCCACGCAAGUCUCAGGCGUACCCGGACCCACCUCUGUAUCUAUGCUUGCGCCUCGGCACCCCACAGAACAAGAAUGUCUUCCAUAACUACUCUAUAGAGUCUUAUGGCAGGAGAAGAAAGAAGUCAGAGUACUGGUUCUCUAUUCCUAGAGAGAAAGUUGACCACCUGUAUGCAUUUUUUGUGCAAUGGACGCCAGAAAUAUACGGUGAUGAGGAGGAGAUAACUCCUGAAAAACGAGGUUUUGUUGUAAUAGAGGACGACGAAAGUGAAGACCUUGAGAUGUUAGAUGAACACUUUGGUCCUAACUCAACAUUUGCCAAAGAUUGGGAGAUGAUUAAUAAAAGACAAAGGAUAAUCAGUCAAAGUGAGGCCAUUAAGAGACGAUCUAUUGUAUAUGAGGAGCCUAUACCCUUACCAGAGCUUAUUGGCGAGUCAACAAUACUUAAAGAGUUUCAUAUCAGUGAGCUUUGUCAAGUAAUGCCUGGAAGAACUGUAGGCUACCCUUGGACAUUGAUCUACAGUACAGACAAACAUGGCUUCUCACUGAAGACAUUGUAUAGAGAUAUGGUCGGGUUAGAGUCACCUAUACUUAUUGCUGUCAAAGAUACCAAUGACAAUAUAUUCGGAGCAUUGACGUCCUGCCAGUUGAAGUACAGUGACAGUUUUUAUGGUACGGGAGAAACAUUCUUGUUCACAUUUUACCCAGAAUUCAAAGUGUUCAACUGGACUGGAGAGAAUAACUUCUUCAUUAAAGGAAACCAAGAAAGCCUCAGCAUAGGAGCUGG